CGGGGAGUUGUUGGCAUGCCGGACACCCAUUGCAGUACACGCCGCCCUUUCUGCUUCCACCGAGACGAUUGACAGGAAGCAGAGCGGCUUCUGGGCGCCAGCCGCUUCCGGCGCGGUGUCCUGGACGCCGCCAUCUUCCCGCCUCCGCAGGAAAGCCGAGACAUGUCUUCCAGCGUCGAGCGCGUCGCUUCCUCACCGGAGCAGAAACGGUCCUUUUUCUGGUCCUGCUUCAGCUGCCGCGCCCUGAGCGGGGGGGCACUGAUCGCCUCCUCCUUGUUCGUCUAUUCGGGGCCCCUCCGGAUUAUGAGCCACAGGAUCCCCCCCAGCAUGGGCAACAUCGCCCAGAUGACCUUCGCCGUCUGUCUCUUCUGUUGGGGUGUCACUGUGUGGGUAAACCCAGUUGGAAGCUACAAGAAAGAGGAGUGAAUAGCAAUACCCCAUUACUGGAUGCACAUCAUCUUUUUCCGGAUCUGGCAGCAGUUCAAACCGUGGCCAAUAAAAGACUAAUGGAGGGAAAUACCCUGGAUUUGUUUGUGAUGUCCGUGGCAAGCUGGUUUAUAUGCCAAGAAGACACCGUGCACCCUCUGCAGAGACUUUAGCAUAUCAUGCUUUCCUUACGACGGAGAUUGUCAGUAGAAGCUGUGAUGUAUGUCAUAGCUGGGAGAGGAGAAAAUCUGCUUCCUCCUGCAUUAAAAAAACAUCCCUAAGCACCAUGUAUUCAAUGUAAAUAUUUAACUGGAUUUGUUUUAAUUAAAUCAAGCUCUGUUUCUGCA